AUGGCCGCUGCCGUCGCUCAGCCCUUUGUCAGGCCCACCAACGGCCACGACUUGGAGGAGACCACCGACUUCGUCGAGGAGGUCAACAUCCUCAAGGACCAGCUUAACAAGCAGUCCGACGACACCACCUACGAGGACUCCAAGUUCGACUCCGAGAAGGACAAGACCGCCUUCCGCCAGUAUGAGGACGCCUGCGACCGCGUCAAGAACUUCUACAAGGAGCAGCAUGAGAAGCAGACCGUCGAGUACAACCUCGCCGCCCGCGAGAAGUUCGCCAUCGACCUCACCGGCAAGAAGCCCUGCCGCGACGAGAUGACCAUCUGGGAGGCCAUGGAGAAGCUCAACACCCUCAUCGACAACUCCGACCCCGACACCGAGCUCUCCCAGAUCCAGCACCUGCUGCAGACCGCCGAGGCCAUGCGCCGCGACGGCAAGCCCCGCUGGAUGCAGCUCACCGGCCUGAUCCAUGAUCUCGGCAAGCUCCUCUUCUUCUACGGCGCCGAGGGUCAGUGGGACGUCGUCGGCGACACCUUCCCCGUCGGCUGCGCUUUCGACAACCGCAUUGUCCUCCCCACCACCUUUGAGGGCAACCCCGACAUCCACCACCCUGUCUACAGCACCAAGCACGGCAUCUACAAGCCCGGCUGCGGUAUCGAGAACCUCAUGAUCUCUUGGGGCCAUGACGAGUACAUGUACACCGUCUGCAAGGAGCAGUCCAAGCUCCCCCGCGAGGCUCUCGCCAUGAUCCGCUACCACUCCUUCUACCCCUGGCACCGUGAGGGCGCCUACCGCGAGUUCAUGAAGGAGGGCGAUGAGGAGCUUCUCAAGGCUGUCCUUGCCUUCAACCCCUACGACCUGUACAGCAAGAGUGACGAUGCUCCCUCCGUCGAGGAGCUCAAGCCUUACUACAUGGAGCUCAUUGAUGAGUACUUCCCCUCCAGGGUCAUCAAGUGGUAG